AUGCAUUCCAAGACUCUGAACGUUCUUUUCCUGUCAGCCCUGGCUGCUGCUGCUGCCGUUGAGGAGAGGCAAUAUGGCGGCUCAGACAGUGGUGAUGACUACUAUAACAGCCUGAUGAGCGAGCUCAACAGCCUGGCAACUAAUACCGACUACAUGGACUACCUCACGGCCUACAGCGACCUCCCUACCGACUACAGUGCCUACUUGCCCUCUGCCACCGGCUCCGGCUCUGAUGGAGGAUCUAACAGUGAAUCCAACAACUACCCUGCGGUGACCGCUGCUCCCAGUGUCAGCAUUCCGUCCGGCCUUGGAUAUGAUAUGCCUCCUCCCUCCAUCGAGUCUGUCCUCGCUACCGCCAUUCCACCGUCCUACCUGUCACAGUUAGCGAACCCAACGGCCGCCUCCUCGAUCAUCAGCGAGAUCCAACACGGCCACUAUCCUUCCUGGUACCAGGAUCUCCCUAGCAGCGUCAAGGCAUGGAUCACCAGCCACUAUAUGACCGGCAGUACUGCCGCCGCGACCGGAGGGUCCUCUGGUUCAUCGGGCAACUCUGGAUCUGGCAGUGCUGCUCACGGCAACGCUGCCUCAACCGGUGUGCUUGCCACUGGCUUCAUGGGUGCAGCUGCCAUCCUGGCCAUUGCAGUGAUGUUGUAA